AUGGCCGCCAAUAUAUACGAUUCACUUGUUUCGCUGGCGAAACGCAUCAAUGUCCCGAUUACCGCCUCAACCACACCCCAAGACCUUGCUGAAAUGCAAGAAGAUCCUUGGUCCCAGUCCGGAAAAUAUGCCCUAAGUUGGGUCUAUUUCUCCGUUGUCCUGCUGGUUAUUACCUUUAUCAUUCGCGUAUACAAUGUUUGGGGUGACAGAAUACGGAUUGCUUUAUACAAGGAGUCGGCUGUGAAAUCGCCUUACGACGCACCGUCUGGUUCAGAGCAAGAGCUCUCAAGCGCCGCUACUGAUAGUUCUACCAAGCAAUUCUUCCCAGCUCAGGGCCCGCUGCCGCCGCCGCACCCGCAGCAGUCAUCGAUCUCCGCGAUCGCACCCCUGAACAACACUAUUGCCUUCUUCCGGUGGAUCUUCUACAGACCAAUUCCCGUGAUCAGGAUCUGGAAAAUUGAGAUUGUCUUCCCGUCGCUGGGAGUGACGGCGCUGGUGCUCGCUGCACUAAUUUUCGUUACCCUCUAUUGUUUCCUUCCUCGGCCGUUGUACUAUUCGAGUAUCGCCUUGGGGUCUCCACCGUUGGCCAUCCGAGCCGGCAUGAUAGCUGUGUCUAUGGUGCCGUGGAUAGUGGCAUUGGGAACAAAGCCCAAUUUGAUGUACCUCCCAAACAACAUCUAUAUUUACGGUACAGGGAUAGCAGCAUUCGCGCCUUUGGCAUUCCUAUGUGUUCACUCGCUUCCGUUCCUGCGUAACUGGGCGUAUGAGCUUUUCGCAUAUGUGCAUGCGCCAGUAGCCGCCAUAUUCCUAGCCCUGCUCAUCUGGCAUUGCAAGAGCUUCCUGUCGACGGGAAACUAUGUCUAUGCAACGAUCGCCGUUUGGGUUUUCUGUUAUUUUAUUCGCCUCUUCUAUCUCAACUGGUCCAAUCCUUUGCGACUUUCUUGGCUGAUUGGAGAGGAGUCGGCAGUGACGAUACUGCCAGAAAAUGCGGUCAAAGUGACUAUCCCGACGCAGAUGAGGUGGAGACCCGGCCAAUAUGUUUACCUGCGAAUGCCGGGCAUUUCUCCUUUGGAGAAUCACCCUUUUACCAUCGCCUCGCUCUGCAGUGAUGAUUUCCCGUCGAGCUACGGUCCAGAAUACAGAGACAUGGCACUUGUGUUCCGACCAUUUGGCGGCUUCACGCGCAAGGUGCUGGAGACGGCGCGGAGGAAGGGUCCUUUCAAGAUCUAUCGAGCUUUUCUAGAUGGGCCUUACGGAGGCAUGCAGCGAGAAUUGGCGGCAUUUAACGAUGUCGUCUUUUUCGCUGGAGGAAGCGGCAUCACGGCGAUUGCGAGCCAGCUUCUCAAUUUGAUCAAGAGAAUGCGAGACGGCAAGGCAGUUACGAAGAACGUGCAUGUGAUCUGGGCAUUGAAGCGUCCGGAGACGAUGGAAUGGUUCAAGGAGGAGCUGAGGAUCUGCCGAGAAUUCGCACCGCCGAAUUCCGUCCAUUGCCAGUUCUUCCUCACUGGCGUGGACAAGUCUCAGGCUGCGGCGGUGGUCAACGAAGCCAACGAGAUAUUGCAGGGGGUCCCCGGCAAGCGAAAUUCGGCGUGGAUCCGAGAGGAAGCUGCCGGUGACCAAGAGCGGGAGAAGGAGCUGAGACGGGAAAACGAGGAUGCCAUCACAGAGCUUCCGCAGGCUUAUAUGAUGCCGGGCGCGGGGCCAAGUCGUUAUUACUAUCCUUCUCCUUAUUAUCCUUCCUCUCCUUAUUAUUAUCACCACCAGCCCCAUCCAGACCCAUACGCUACAGCGCAGCCGAUCCACCACGGUUUCGACUUUGGCUUUCCAUCUAGCCCUAUGAUGACCCGGAACACGCUGACACGGUUCGCGUAUCUUCCACGACAGAAGCAGGAGGGCUGGCGGACCGAGUAUGGCCGACCUAACAUUACGCAGAUGCUGCGCGAAUUCUCCAAGAGUUUUGGACGGCGGACAUGCGUCUUUGUCUGCGGACCACCGAGCAUGAGAGUCGAAGUCGCCAAUACGGUCGCUCGACUGCAGCAGCUAGUCAUGACGGACUCGUCCAAAGACGAGAUUUUCCUCCAUGCGGAGAAUUACGCGAUUUGA